UGGCUUUUAACAUUAGAAGUUAUUUAUUCUCUUGUUUCAUUAAUAAGAAAGGUGUUAAAAAUGGUUUCUAAAUUUUUUAUUUCUUUAUUUUCAGGUGUUGUUAUUCGAAGUGGAUACUCGUCUGCUAAUUAAGUUUAUUGUUGGCGUUCGUCUGGUAUGUAUAUCUUGUCAGGAAUUGGGAGAUGAAGUCCUCCAAGCUAUUGAUAUCUCGCAUCCGGCUCUGGAAAAACAUCAGUGGCUCGCCGAGUAAUAGACUGGACAGUUGGAAACGCCAUACUAACCAAGAGGUUGGUGGCGGCUGGUGGUUGACUGGUCACGUCGGAUGGCGACUGGGUGGCGGCACUCUCCGUUCCCUCGGCGAUGCUUGGAGCGAUCUGCGAAGACGCCGGUACCGGGUUGGACGCCCUCACUCCCUCAUCUCCCUCAGCCGGACUCUCAUCGGAAUUAAUCGCAUCGACGACGUUAUCAAUCUUCGUAGAAGACAAUUGGGCUAAGUUUUGCGGGUCGAAACUGAUGGAGCAUAUGCUGCCUCCCUCUCUCUCUCGUGGGGUCUCCGCGACGUUGUCCUGUGGUUGUUGAUUGGCCGGUGUCGUAGCUACAUAGUUUUGGGGGUGGUCGCUGAAGUAGGAGAUUUGCGAGUUAGCUGGUGACUGGUUCAUGGUGACGUUAUUAUGGAAUACUUCGAGUAAAUAGCCAAGUGUGUUGCCAAGUCUCAGGAAUAUUAAAAUGGAUUCAGUGAUAGUGCCUAUUCUGGAUAAAAUUGUGUUGUGUUAAAGUUUCAAGUGUCAUGUACAUAUAUUACAAAAAGACCUUCGAGUGCUACAGGUACGCUUAUCAACAUAGACAGAUAUGGCUUACAAAUUACACUAAUAUAGUUCUUAAAAUUCUAAUUAGGGUCUUAUCCUCCUGAAUAACGAUAGUAUUAUAAUGCCUCAAAUAACCUAUAACCCUGGUCAGCAUACAAUGUCUAGAUUCAAAGAUCAAAAUCAAAAUUUUACUAUAGACUUUUAUGGAAAUUUCCAUCCAAUUUUCUCUAUUAUGAGAAUUAUGUUAUCAAACUCGUGUGAUACAGUUUGUCUGUAUUUAUGCAGCUUGAAAAAUUUUAAUUUGAAGAGCAACUCAAUUAUUUUAGCCAGAACUUACAAUAGAUUAUCAGAUAUAUCUUGUCGAAACAACUUCAGAUUAUGUUUCUUGCAGCUUUCAGUUUUAUCAAUAAUUUCAUUAAUCAUUGAUAGUAAGAUUGAGUAGGUAAGCUUUUCAUCACGCUCCACUGGUUGGGUGCCAUUGUGUGAAGUUGUGCUCCUGGGGGGGUUAUCUCUUAUGAUAGAGUCCCACGUUAUGAAGCUAUUGUGAGAAGUUGUGGAUUGUAAUUCCUUCACAGAUAAUACGAUGUUUCUGGUAUUUAUAAGAGCAGUCUCUAAAUUCCCUCUUUUGCGAAUAAAUUCACAAAAAAUUAAGGCCUUCCGGCUCGCAAAAUUACUGGGUUCAAACCUCAGCUCUAGCUCAGUGGUAGAAACAUGAAUUUUAUAAAUACAAAUAAUCACCAUAAGGUUCAGUGAUCGGUAAUUGGUAAUUCUUACCGCUGCUUCUAUGAAGUUCUUGAAGAAUACCAGUAAGGAAAUUAAAAGAAUAUUUGAUGACUGAUUAUCAGUAACCAUGUACCACUAGAGAAUAAUCAGGACCAACUAUAGUUGUUUCUAGUUGAUUCUUAAAACGCUCGUCGUGAAUACAAGUAUUCACCAAUAUACCCUUUCAAAAUUCCUUAGAACUUACAACGCCAGUUCUUGAAGCUCUCUGGAUCCUUAUAUGAUAUAACUGGAACCUUAUUAAUAUAAUUUCUUAAUAUACUUGUUCUGGCUGAUAGAAUGAAUAUCAUCAAAGGAUGAUAAAUAUUGAGUGCUCUGAAUAAGGUUAAUAUUAUUUGAUUCUAUGAUUUUAAGUGCUGCUAAAUAUUUGUUGGUACCAAAACAGCUCAAACUAUAUAACACGAGAUGAGUUGGGAUAUAAUAAAAAAUUCUAUAAGUUUGUAUGCUGACAUAAAACACAAAAUAUAUUCCCAUAAAACAGAUAUGCAUAAAAUAUUCAAUAUCUCUAUAAUUCACUUAAAUAAUCUAUUCCUAAAAUCUGAAUAAUUAUCACAGGCUUUGCUAACAUUCACAAUAGUGAGUUUCAAAUUCAUAAAUAUAUUAUUUUUAAUACUGGUACUUAGACUUCCAGUCAAUACAAAAUUCUACCAAUAAAAACCUGUUCGGUCU